AUGGCCCAGAUUGGCAUUUCGCCCAGACCCACUAAACUCGGAAAUGCCCCAGACGGAUUUGUCAUGAAAACUGUCGAUUUCAGCGACAGUGAAGAUUCGGAUGCUUUGCCCAAACAAAGAUCGAGUGUCGCCUAUGAGGAGAUAUUGAGACAGAGAAGGCGGCUGCCGAUGUAUAAGGGUCGAAAGGCAGUGACUGAGGCCGUGCUGGCCAGUCAAGUGACGGUUAUCAUUGGUGAGACCGGUUCGGGUAAAUCAACGCAGCUGCCCCAGCUGUUGCUUGACGUAGACCCCAAACAGCGAAUUGCUGUUACACAACCACGAAGAGUCGCUGCCAUGAGCCUGGCCACCCGAGUUGCCGCCGAAAUGCAGACAGGACUGGGGGAAAGAGUCGGGUACCAAGUGCGUUUUCAAGCCAAGCUUGGGCUCCAAACUGUUCUCAGAUACGUCACGGACGGUAUGCUCUUGCGUGAGAUCAUGAUCGAUCCGAAUUUGAGACGCUACACUACGAUUAUUAUUGACGAAGCCCACGAACGCACCGUAACGACUGAUUUGUUGUUGGGGCUCUUGAAACAGAUCCUGGCCAACCGGCCUCAGCUUAGGGUGGUUGUAAUGUCUGCCACGCUAGAUGCAGAAACUUUCUCAGAGUUUUUUGGCGGCGCCCGCAUCCUUUAUGUUGAAGGUAAAACUUAUCCGGUUGAGCGCUUUUAUCUCAAGGCCGAAGAAUCGAAUUUAGUCGAAGCAACUGUCAAGGCAGUUGAACAGGUCAAUUCCACACAGCCGACGGGUGAUGUACUUGUAUUUCUUUCUGGCCAAGAUGAGAUUGAGGCCACUGCGGAGCAGCUUCACUCGCGGGCGCCCAAUCGGCCCAAUAAUGUGCCCAAGAUCUGGGCUGUACCCCUAUACGCCGCUUUGCCCGAGCGUGCUCAGCAGAAAGCAUUCGCAGAAACACCCGCUCGCACCCGUAAGGUUGUUUUGGCUACGAAUAUUGCCGAGACGUCUUUGACAAUCCCCGGCAUUCGAUAUGUCAUUGAUGGCGGACGCCGCAAGGUGCGGGUCUACCGAUCAAAGCUAGGGCUGGACAGUUUACUACCGGUUUCUAUUUCGCAAGCAUCAGCAGCGCAGCGAAUGGGCCGAGCUGGGCGUGAGGCUCCGGGCAAGUGCUUUAGGUUAUAUCUCGAGUCAGACUACAUGAAAAUGGCCCCCCACACAGAACCUGAGAUUGCAUUGUGUCCUGUUUCAGGGCCUGUUUUGACUUUGAAAAAUGCAGGCGUUGAUAACGUGUAUGAGUUUCCGUGGAUUCAAACGCCCAACCAGCGGUCCGUGGCCAAUGCUUUGCUACAGCUAUACGCGCUGGGCGCCCUUGAUUCAGCCGGUAAAAUCACCAAGUUCGGCAGCAAGAUGUCUGUUUUACCCGUGGAUCCAGCGCUUGCUGCCGUGCUUGUCCAUGCUGUUGAUCAGGAAGUGCAUGUACGUGACGCCGUAAUUGACAUUGCUGCAUGUCUAAAUGUUCCAGACCUGCUGCUGACACCGCCUGUAGCCAAGCAAGGAGAGGUUGCGGAAGCCAGAGCAGAAUUAUUUCCUGCUGCAGCCCAAUAUGGCGAUUUAAUUUUGGUGAAACAAAUAUACGAUGCCUACGAGUCUCUAGUAGCAUCCGGUGCAGGCCGCCGCGAUGUUCGCGAUUGGUGUGCUCGUAUCGCCGUCUCGCCGCGUGCCAUGCAGUCGGUCAACCAAAUCCGGGCGCAGUUGCGAAGAUACUUACGCCUUACUCGCGAGCGCGAUCAAGCGGACGAGGACACGAUUGACUACGAGUUAAUCAUUAAGAGCUUCCUGCGAGGCUACCCCACCAACACUGCCGUGGGCCUGGCAGACCGCCGUUAUCAAUCUACAGUGAACAAUCAGCCUAUCAACAUUCACCCUAGCAGCUCGCUUUUUGGACGUCGCUCAGCGGCAAUUAUGUACUUGGAGUAUGUCUUUACCACUAAGGCCUACGCCCGAGUAGUCUCCCCGGUCGAGCUCGACUGGCUGAGAGAGGUUGCCCCUAAUCUACUAGGUAGCAAAUAG